AUGAGAAACAUUAAAAAGAAUAUGAAACGAAACCUCGCAGUUCUUAAGCCGUUUCUCCCGUACGGUGUACUCGAUUCAUGGGACGAUUUAAACCCUCGAUUAUACCAUGCUAUACAUAUUUACUGGUUGAAAUUUUAUGGGAUGUGGUAUUACAAAUUCAUGCCAUGUAGUAUAAAAUUUUGGUGUUACCAAAUCUAUACCAUAAUAGUGUUGUUGCUGGUAUGUUUUUUGCCAGGAAUAGGAGAAGUUGUUUACUUGCUCAGGAGACAAGAGAACAUUGGAGACAUUGCAGAAGGGCUAUAUUUGUUCCUAAGUGAAAUGUACACAUAUUUUAAAAUCGCAGUGUUCUGGUUAAAUAAAGAAAAAAUAUUAAAUCUUUUGAAAUUUCUGCACUGCGAUGAAUUCAAACCAAAGGAGAGAGAGCAUAGAGAUAUUUUGAGAAACAGCAUCAAAAAGGCGCGUUUUGUAAUGACGUACUAUACUACCAUGUGUGUUGGUGCGGUUUCGGUCGGGAUCAUAAUGCCAUUGACUGAAAACUUCGAAAUAUUACCAACAAACGUCGAAUAUCCCUAUGUUGAUGUGUAUAAAUCACCUGUAUAUGGUAUAAUUUACCUUCAUCACAUCUACUACAAGCCUGCCACUUGCAUUAUAGACGGAGCAAUGGACACCAUAUUGGCUGCCUAUGUAGCGUCUGCCAUUGGUCAAAUUGAAAUUUUGUCAUAUAAUCUAAGAAAUUUCGAAAUGUUAGCGGAAAGGAAACGGAAUAGAGAUUUUAAGACACAUCAAGGUUUCGUGCGCGAUAAAAUAUAUUAUCGACGUAAUGUUUUGAAGCAGAGUAUUGUUCACUAUAAUGCUAUAGUGCGGUACGUUUCAAUGAUUGAAAGCGCUUUCAGUUUGGCAUCAGCGCUGCAAUUUAUGCUAAGCGUCAUGGUGUUAUGCUUAGUGGGAAUUCAGUUUCUGUCGAUUGAAAAUCCUUUAAACCAUCUCAUGCAAAUCGUAUGGAUGGCCAUUUAUCUGACGUGUAUGUUGAUCGAGGUUUUCAUACUGUGUUGGUUUGGCAACGAGCUAAUAUUAAAGAGUCUCGAAUUGCGCCAGGCUGCGUUUGAUGGACCUUGGUUGAAGACAGAUCCUAAGACCACAAUGUUCAUUGUGAUAUUUCUUGAACGUUGCCAGCGUCCUCUGCGAGUAACCGCAGGGAAGAUAUUUACUUUGUCACUGGAUACAUACAGCUAUCUCAUCAACUGGGCAUAUAAGGCUUUUGCAGUAAUGAGGAAUACGAAGAAAUAAAAAUAUAUAUCACAUUUUUAGAAUAUCUGGCUUUUUUAAUAAUCAAGCAACAAGUCUCAAGUCAUACGUUAUUGUGAUCAUAUUUUUACAAGCCACCUUGUGACUACUCUAAUAUUUGUGUCUAGUUACUAUAGUAAAAUAGUUUUGUCAAACUUUCUAUUAGUGCACUUAGUCGUUGAAUACAACAAGAAUUUUAUAUAUAUAUACAUAAAAUAUUACAUAAUGA